CACUGUGAGAUGGUGCUGUCAUUUGUCAAUUCGCAAUGUAACGUCAGCUGUUUUGCUGAGUGUUUGCGUACAUUCUGUAAAUAAACAAAGUAUUAUUUAUUAGAAAGGCAUGAUAAGAGGUUGUGUUUGUGUUCAGUAAUUAAUAAAUUCCGUCCAUAAUGAGGUCGUCACUAUAUAGGCGUAGGGGAAGUGAUUCCGAGCGCGAACCUUUGUUAGCAGCUAUUCCCGCCGCUGGACUUGGACAUAGCUUUCGAGAUGAGCGUCCAGAGGGUAACGGCACGAUGGCGGAUAUGGGAGUGUCACAAGCAGAGCUGGUGGAGCCCCGGGGGGACAACGGGCGCAAGCUACCGCAGUACCUUGCUGCCCUUGCAGCUACCCUGGGAGCGCUAGCUGCCGGUUCCAUGCUGGGGUGGUCAGCCCCCGUGAUGAUCAAGCUGACAGACCCCAACAGUACCGACUACGACUUCUCCGUGACACAACGCCAAGGAGACUGGAUAUCCUCCGUCAUUAACCUGGGAGCUGCCUUCAUAUGCUUCCCCAUCGGACUCAUCAUGGACGCUAUAGGACGUAAAAAGACCAUGUUGCUACUCGUACUACCUUUCACUUUAGGCUGGUUGUUAAUCACCUUCGGUACCAGUGUAGGCAUGCUCAUCGCUGGCAGGCUCAUCACUGGUGUCGCUGGAGGAGCCUUCUGUGUCACCGCCCCCGCCUACACCAGUGAAAUAGCACAAGACUCCAUCAGAGGAACCCUGGGAAGCUACUUCCAACUGAUGAUAACUAUCGGUAUCCUGUUCGCAUACGCAGUCGGUGGCUACGCCUCGGUGUUCGUCUUCAACAUCCUCUGUACUUGCAUUCCUAUCAUCUUCGGUGUCGUAUUCUUCUUCAUGCCCGAGAGUCCCAACUUCUUAGUCGUUAAAGGCAAAAACGACGAGGCGAGGGAAGCGUUGAUCCGUCUUCGUGGCAGCGCUUAUGACGUAGACUAUGAGCUCAACAGCUUAAAGGCGAGGGCGGAAGAAAACAAAAGGAACCAAGUAUCGUAUAUCGCCGCUCUCAAGAAGAAGACAGCUCUGAAAGCUCUCCUCAUCUGCUACGCUCUGAUGGUGUUCCAGCAACUGUCUGGUAUCAACGCCGUCAUCUUCAACACCUCUCAGAUCUUCUCGGACGCCGGUGCCACAAUCGCUCCGACUAUUGCCACAAUUAUUAUCGGAGUCAUCCAGGUGAUUGCCACUUUUAUCUCCAGUUUGGUAGUGGACAAGCUCGGCAGACGUAUCUUGUUGCUUCUGUCUGCGCUGGUGAUGUGUGUGUGUUCGACUGCGCUGGGAGUGUACUUCUUCCUCCAACAGACGCACGGCAGCGAGGCAGACAUAGUGCAGGCCAUCACGUGGCUGCCGCUGGUAUCUCUGUCUCUGUUCAUCAUCGCGUUCUCUCUCGGUUUCGGUCCCAUCCCCUGGAUGAUGGCGGGUGACCUCUGCCAGAUUGACAUCAAGGCGUUUGUCGGCUCUACCGCGGGUACCCUGAACUGGCUGCUGAGUUUCACGGUGACGAGUACAUUCAACUCCUUGAACGAAUCGAUAGGCGCUGGCCAGGUGUUCUGGAUGUUCGCUGGUAUCAUGUUGGUGGGCUUCUUGUUCAUCUUCUUCGUGAUUCCCGAGACGAAGGGCAAGAGUGUGGACGAGAUCCAAGUGUUGUUAGGCGGCGAGCCCCAGCAGAGACCUGAGGAGAAGAAAUAAAGGCUACGAACAGACUGACGGACAUCACAUAGUAUUUUUGUACUGAGACUUACACUUAGAGGUUUCUUUGGUGUCGCAGUGCUUCGGUUUAAGCAAUAUUAUAAUUUUAUAGAACCAAAGAGUUACGAUGUAUCAUUUAGAUGUACCGUAGGGUUUAUUGCUGCGCUCUAUUUAUUUGUUAUUGAACUUUACGGAGUCAAUCACUGGCAGCUUGUACCAUGGUGCGUGGCGUAUUGUUACGAAUUCAGUUAAACGUAGAACGAAUUUCCUUGACGGAGUAAUUGCGAGUAACAUGGUAACAAUAAUAAUUGUAAUGUUUAGGCUAAAUAAGUGGUUCAUAGAAUGUAUGUACCUAUAUCAAUUUGUGGGGGUUUGUGCCCCAUUGGUCCACACACUCGUCCCUAAGAAAGAGAUCUUUUUAUUUAUGAAAUAUUAACUUUUGUAACUUUAUAUGGAAAUUGAGUAACCUGUUUGGAUAUGUCUUGCAAUAGUGGAUUGAAAACUGGCUUCAACGCAAUGAUUGGAACUCUAUGCUCUCAAGUUACGUACUUUCUGUUUCAAAGGUCGAGUAUCAUUGCAUAAGAUGACUUUUCAUUAUAUUAUAACAGUUGAGAUGUUAGAACUUCAUUGCUUCGGAAUUUCGAGAGAUUUUAAAUAUAUUCUAUAAGAAAUAUUCGUUGAUUGGAGUUUUAAAAACUAGAUCUGUUUAUAUGUACUGGAAAGUGGUCUUAUGUAUAAAAGUAUAUUUAUAAAGGACCCAGUUGCCUAUUUAUGUAGAAUUUACUUUAUAUUAUAUUAGGUAUUGAUGGUAGAUCUGCUACAGAACUUUUGGCUCGACCUUAAUGAAGUCUAUCAUAUCGAAAUGCCAUAAUGUUGAUAUUAUUAUACAAGUUUAUAUAGAAAAUGCAUAUAUUUGCUAAUGUUAUCUAUAUAAUAAAUAUUUAUAAUUAUUAUUUAAUACCUGUUAAAACAAUAACGAAAGUAGCGCAAACAUUGUGAGAUUUUUAAUAUAAAUAAAUAAAUAAAUUAUUUAAUGUAUUUAAUAACAUAAUUUAUUUAUUGAAAUAAUUAAUUAAUUAACUAACGGUUUUUAUUGUAAAUUUUUGCUCAAAUAACAUCUGGAUUUUUUGGAAUAUGAAAUAUUAUGUUUAAUUGUAAGCGAAUCAAGAUUGCAUUUAUUUAUUGGCUUAUGAUUAAUAUUUUUUUUAAUUAGUGCACUAUGCCAAUGCAAUUGCCACAUUAUGCCAGUAAGUAAUUGUGCACUUAUAAGACAAACAAAUUAUUUAUACCUACACUUUGAAAUCUAUUUCGUUAUCGUCCCGAAGUAAAAUGGUUCCGUCUUGGGAACACAAUAGUUUUA